AUGGCGGUGGAGGGGGCCGUGGAGGGCAUUGAAUGGGGGUCCGGCGGGGCCUACAGCGGACUCGUCGUGGACCGGUGGAUGGGGCAAACGGCCGUCAUGGUGAUGGGGCAGCCCAACGUCCUGCGGAUUUGCGACCCGAUGACCCAGCAGGCUGUUUAUUCGCUUCACAUCUCCUCUCAGCAGGAGACCAUACCCGCCUUACCACGCCAUGGCAUCCGCCACGCGGGUCUUUUGGGCGACGGACGGAUCCUAGUCACCUAUGAGUCCUUCACCCCCACAUCGCUUCCACCGCUAUUGCGCUUCUGGACCUAUGAUGCGAAUCAAAAGCGCCAUGUGGAGUCCCAAACCAUUUACAAACCGCACGAAAGCGAAAUCUUGGCGUUCUGUGUGGACAAAAAGAAUGAGCGGGUUUUCACGCUUAGCAGGGAAGCGGUGAAGUGCUGGGAGGAGGUGGUCGAGGACGCCAACGACGCCAUCGCGACGCCGCAUCGCAGCUGGCAAAAUCAAUCCACAAACCCCACGCCCACCCUCAACAUGGCGGAAAUGACCCUCUCAACGGAUGGGACGCUUUGUUUUGUGGCGGACGAUUGCGUGCACGUGUACGCGGUGGCGGAAUGCCACGCGGGGGAGCCGUGGACGGAGGUUUGUUGUUUGGUUCAAAACUCCUCGACGGAGCCGUUGAAAAACCUACUGUUGAACGAAACCGAUAGGGUGGUGGCGGCCCACGAUGAGGCCCAGGUCUUUCUGUGGGAUUUGGCCUCCCCUGGGAGGAGCAAUCCCUCCUGUAUUUCCCCCUCGACCUCGGGUGGUACGGCCAUCACGGCAUUAUGCCAGUUUACUCCCCACUCCCUACUGAUUGCGUGCGAUGAUCACACUUUAGUCGAGAUCGAUUCAUCCACCAUGGAUUCUUUCGGGAAAAUCCUUGGGGUGGUGAAAAGUACCAUUUCAAGUCGUAUCCUUCACAUGGCGACUCUGCCUGGUGGUGACAACACGGAGGCGAAAGAGCGGCAGAUGGCUAUUAUCGACAACGUCUCCGGAUUUCGCGUUCUCAACGUAUCGAUACAACGUCGUAAGCUUGAGGAGGCGAAAUUUAUAGAAGAUGCGGCUAGAAGCGCCGAAGCGCAGAGUACAACUGAGGAGGACAAGAAAAAGAUCGCCUCCUACUUCAGAAAUGACGCUGCUUGGCAACACGAGAGCUCUGGAACCGAAAGUGACACAUUGGACGUACUUGCAAAGGCUGCACGCCUUAAAAAGGCGAAUAACUGGCUAAAAAAUGUCCUACAUGAGCCAUCCUACACAGUCCCCUCAAUGUCUUCGGUUCUUUCUCUCUAUUUAAGGCAACAACAUGGUAUAAGUUAA